AUGGCCGCCCCCAGCACCGCGCUCCUCUUCCUCCUGCUGGCGGCCGCUGCCGCGUCGGCGGCGGCGCAGCAGCUGGCGUGGUGGCAGUCCGGCGUCGUCUACCAGAUCUAUCCCAAGUCCUUCAAGGACAGCGACGGCGACGGAGUCGGCGACCUCAACGGUAUCAUCGAGAAGCUCGAAUACCUCAAGGACCUCGGCGUGGCAGCGAUAUGGCUGUCCCCUAUCUACAAAUCGCCCAUGGCGGACAACGGCUACGACAUCGCAGAUUUCAGAGAGAUAGACCCAAUGUUCGGCACUAUGGAAGACUUUGACAGAUUACUGGCUGAGGCUCACAGCAGAGGUAUCAAAGUGAUUCUAGACUUCGUUCCGAACCACACCAGUGACGAGCACGAGUGGUUCGUAGCUUCGAGCAAUCCAACAUACGAGAACCACGAAAUCUACAAAGACUAUUACGUGUGGCUUGAUGGCAAGGACAACGGAUCGGUGCCAAAUAACUGGAAAAAUAUGUUCGACGAAGGAAGCGCUUGGAAAUGGAGCCCGACGAGAAAUAUGUACUACUUGCACCAGUUCCACGAGAAGCAGCCAGACCUGGACUACAGGAACCCAAAUGUCCUCAGCGCCAUGCAGGGGGAGAUGAAGUUCUGGCUGGACAAGGGGGUGGACGGUUUCCGCAUGGACGCUGUGAUGUGUCUGGUGGAGGCUGAGGGUUUCCCUGACGCUGUGGAGGGCCAACCUACACCCAUGCAGCACCAGGACGAGACGUACGUCGUCAUACAAGAAUUCAGGAAACUCAUGGACAAUUACACAAACACGGUGAUGAUGACUGAGGCGUACGGCACUGUGGAGCAGGUUGUGGGUUACUAUGGCAACGCCACAAAUCCUGGCGCGCACUUCUCCUUCAACUUCCUGCUCAUCACCGACCUCAACAGCACAUCCACUGCGGAAGACUUUGUCAACGUCAUCGGAAACUGGAUCGAGGUGAUCAACACACGGGAACUCUGGUCCAACUGGGUGAUCGGCAACCACGACCAGCACCGCGUGGCCAGCCGGUACAGCCCAGAGCUGGUGGACGGCAUGAACAUGCUGGUGACGCUGCUGCCGGGAACCGCCGUCACCUACAACGGAGAAGAGAUCGGCAUGGAGGACAACUACAACAUGACGUGCGAGGUGGCCCACGACCCUCAAGGCUGCCACGAUAACGUCACUCUCGGGAACUCCAGAGACCCAGAGAGGACGCCCUUCCAGUGGGAUAACACUGCAAACGCUGGCUUCAGCAACACCACUGACGCGACUUGGCUGCCCGUCAACGAGAACUACGAGACUCUGAACGCCGCGGCCCAGGAGGCGGACGACCGCAGCCACCUCAAGACGUACCGCCAGCUGGUGCAGCUGCGCGCCGACCCAGCCGUGCAGACCGGCGACACAAAGGUCAACAGCUCGGGCAACGUGCUUGCCUUCUCCAGGUCAGUGAACGAAAUGGCGUCUGUAGUUGUGCUGGUGAACGUGGGAAGUGAGGAGGAGACCGUGGACUUGGUAGACACGCUGCCUAUCGUUACCGAGGAAGACGUGCUGGAAGUGUACGCCAGAAGCCUUGAGUCCCUAAAGGAACAAGGGGAGGUGCUGGAGGCGAGGGAAGUGUCACUGUCGGGGCAGGAGGCGGUGGUGCUGCGCCGCAGGCAAGAGCAAACCGCCGCCGCCUCCAGACCGCUUUCUGCAGCGGCGGUGCUGCUCACAGUCGCAGCUCUGCUGUGGGCUGGCGAGAUAAUGGCGGUGGAACGCGGCGGAGGUGACGGCGGCGGCGGCCCGCGAGCCGGGGCCGGCCGCCACAUAAAGCCGGUGCCCGCGGGCGCUGGGACCAGUGCAGCCAGCGCCCCCGCCAUGGCAGCCACCAGCACCGCGCUCCUCUUCCUCCUGCUGGCGGCCGCCGCCGCGUCGGCAACGGCGCAGCGGCGGGCGUGGUGGCAGUCCGGCGUCGUCUACCAAAUAUACCCCAAGUCCUUCAAGGACAGCGAUGGUGACGGAGUCGGCGACCUCAACGGUAUCAUCGAGAAGCUCGAUUACAUCAAGGACCUCGGCGUGGCAGCGAUAUGGCUGUCCCCUAUCUACAAAUCGCCCAUGGCGGACAACGGCUACGACAUCGCAGAUUUCAGAAAGACAGACCCAAUGUUCGGCACUAUGAAAGACUUUGUCAGAUUACUGGGUGAGGCUCACAGAAGAGGUAUCCUAGUGAUUUUAGACUUCGUUCCGAACCACACCAGUGACAAGCACGAGUGGUUCGUAGCUUCGAGCGAUCCAACACACGAGAACCACGAAGUCUACAAAGACUAUUAUGUGUGGCUCGAUGGCAAGGGCAAUGGAUCGUUGCCAAAUAACUGGAAAAAUAUGUUCGACGAGGGAAGCGCUUGGAAGUGGAGCCCGACGAGAAAGAUGUACUACUUGCACCAGUUCCACGAGAAGCAGCCAGAUCUGGACUACAGGAACCCAAAUGUCCUCAGCGCCAUGCAGGGGGAGAUGAAGUUCUGGCUGGACAAGGGGGUGGACGGUUUCCGCAUGGACGCUGUGAUGUGUCUGGUGGAGGCUGAGGGUUUUCCUGACGCCAUAGAGGGCCAACCUACACCCAUGCAGCACCAGGACGAGACGUACGUCGUCAUACAAGAAUUCAGGAAACUCAUGGACAAUUACAGACACACGGUGAUGAUGACUGAGGCGUACGGCACUGUGGAGCAGGUUGUGGGUUACUAUGGCAACGCCACAAAUCCUGGCGCGCACUUCUCCUUCAACUUCCUGCUCAUCACCGACCUCAACAGCACAUCCACUGCAGAAGACUUUGUCAACGUCAUCGGAAACUGGAUCGACGUGAUCAACACACGGGAACUCUGGUCCAACUGGGUGAUCGGCAACCACGACCAGCACCGCGUGGCCAGCCGCUACAGCCCAGAGCUGGUGGACGGGAUGAACAUGCUGGUGAUGUUGCUACCUGGAACCGCCGUCACCUACAACGGAGAAGAGAUCGGCAUGGAGGACAACUACAACAUGAAUUGCGAGGUGGCCCACGACCCUCAAGGCUGCCACGAUAACGUCACUCUCGGGAACUCCAGAGACCCAGAGAGGACGCCCUUCCAGUGGGAUAACACUGCAAACGCUGGCUUCAGCAAAACCACUGACGCGACUUGGCUGCCCGUCAACGAGAACUACGAGACUCUGAACGCCGCGGCCCAGGAGGCGGACGACCGCAGCCACCUCAAGACGUACCGCCAGCUGGUGCAGCUGCGCGCCGACCCAGCCGUCCAGACCGGCGACACAAAGGUCAACAGCUCGGGCAACGUGCUUGCCUUCUACAGGUCAGUGAACGAAAUGGCGUCUGUAGUUGUGCUGGUGAACGUGGGAACUGAGGAGGAAACCGUGGACUUGGUAGACACGCUGCCUAUCGUUACCGAGGAAGACGUGCUGGAAGUGUACGCCAGAAGCCUUGAGUCCCAAAAGGAAGAAGGGGAGGUGCUGGAGGCGAGGGAAGUGUCACUGUCAGGGCAGGAGGCGGUGGUGCUGCGCCACAAGCGAGAGCAAACUGCCGCCGCCUCCAGACCGCUUUCUGCAGCGACGGUGCUGCUCACAGUCGCGGCUCUGCUGUGGGCUGGUGGGGUCAACCGCUAGGCUGGCGGCUUCUGCUCUGCUCUGACACACAACUCGCAGUAUUUCGUUCCUACUUCCACGCCAGUCAUUACAUUACUUCAUGUGUAUAAAGUUAUACUUUUAUAUCUUGCGUAAAUGAGUAAAUUAUUGUGUCAAAACUCGA